AUGGCUUUCAUUGAUUUAGCUAUCAGAUGUAUCUAUACUAUUCUUAUUUGCACAUCAUUUUUCUGCACUUUGUCUUCAAACACUGAGAUAAAAGUUAAUCCUCCUCAAGAUUUUGAAAUAGUAGAUCCUGGAUAUUUAGGCUAUCUCUAUUUGCAAUGGAAACCUCCACUGUCUCUGGAUAAUUUUAAGGAAUGUCCGGUAGAAUAUGAAUUAAAAUACCGAAACUUUGAUAGCAAAAGCUGGAAGACCAUCAUUACUAAGAAGCUGAACUAUAAAGAUGGGUUUGAUCUUAACAAGGGCGUUGAAGCCAAAAUACACACACUUCUGCCUCAACAAUGUACAAAUGGAUCAGAUGUUCAAAGUUCAUGGUCAGAAGCUACUUAUUGGACUCCACUGCAAGGAAAUUUGGAAACUAAAAUUCAGGAUAUGGAUUGUGUAUACUACAACUGGCAAUAUUUACUCUGCUCUUGGAAACCUGGCAUAGACAUUUCUUUUGAUACCAAUUACUAUUUGUUUUACUG